GCUUACCCACCAUCACAAGCACCUGCACGAACGGCAGUUGGACUGCUAUCUACCGGCCUGGGAUGUGUAUAGAUGCUGACGUCUCGUGGAUUAUCCUGCUCUUACAAUGACUGCCAACGCAAAUACGUGGGCAUGGCUUGGUGUUGUUCUGGCUAUCGUUCUCCUGCGAUACGUCUCCCGGGUCAUGCACAAGUCUAUUAAGAAUCUGCAAAUGGAGGAUGGUCUGAUGCUGUUCACCGUGGCAUGCUAUGUCAUUCUCACAGCUAUUCUCAUCCUCGUAUCCGAACAUGGUACAAACGAGAUCCCUCCGUCGCAGUUUGGUCAAAUCGACCCGGAAUCUAUCCCGGACCGCAUCUAUGGCAGCAAGCUGGUCAUAGUUACCGAACAGAUGUGGUUAGCGACGAUCUGGGGAUGCAAGGGCUGUUUGUUGCUGUUAUAUUCGACUAUGACCAUGGGCUUGAGCCAACAUCGCAUAGUCAUCCUGAUGGGCGGCUUCUGUGCUCUCAGUUACAUCGUGAUCGAAAUCCUCUUCUUCGCCUUAUGGUGCCGUCCCUUCUCCAAUUACUGGUCCGUUCCACCGGCGAACUUACAGUGCUCCGUCUACCGGAACCAUCUCAUCCUCGUUCUCGCGUUGAACGUCUCAUCCGACUUUCUCAUGCUGUUCAUUCCCCUACCGAUUCUCAUCAGGGCCAGAUUGACCCUGAUCAAGAAACUCACGCUCUGCGCCCUAUUCUCACUAGGAGCCUUCGUCAUCAUUUGUUGCAUCCUCUCCAAAUACUACAGUCUGUCGCAACCAUACGGACAAGAAUGGGUCGAUUGGUACGUUCGUGAGGCCGGCACAGCGGUUAUCGUGGCAAACAUCCCCCACAUUUGGCCAUUGGUCCGACGCCUGCUGAACGCCCGCGACUUCCUUUCCAACGGUUCCUUCUCACGGACGCGCAAAACCCAUACCAGCCAGCGUGGUGGAAGUAGCAUGCCAUUAUCAACUAUGCGUGCAAACAAUUCCAACAGAUCGACUGCGAUGCGCAGCAUCCUCUCUCGCACGAGCAGUGAGAACGACGUGGAACGUUCGCCUGGUCAUCUGGAGAUCUGGGAGCACAAGCAAUUCCAAGUUACCGAGGAGCCGGGAUAUCCAUCGAGCGAUCACAAUUCGAGCGACGGCAGUCCCAGUAUGGAGUAUGGAGUAGCGUUAUCGCCCUCUGGCCGCGAGGAGCUGCGCACGAAAACGACCGUGACGACCGCAUUAUGA